AUGGAGAACCAAGUUGAGAGACUCGUUGAAAAGGCGUGGAAGAAGUAUGAAGAGACGCCAAAGGACAAACGACUAUUGAUUGGCGUUGCUGGUAUCCCAGGCUCAGGCAAAACGACCUUCUCACAAAUCAUCACUAACCGAAUCAACGCCCGUGCAUUAUCUUCCGAUCCAUCUUCUCAUCCGCCAGCAACCUUUGUCCCUAUGGAUGGCUUCCAUCUCACCCGUGCAGCUCUCUCAGCCAUGCCCGACCCUGACAACGCCCACUUCCGUCGCGGCGCAGCCUUCACCUUUGAUGCCCCCAAGUUCCACACUCUAGUCCAAUCCCUCUCAAAGACGCCCAUCUCAUCAGAGCCUAUCCUGGCGCCGUCGUUUGACCACGCGCUGAAGGACCCUCGAGACGAUGAUAUCGUUGUCAAGCCGGAGCAUCGUGUCGUUGUUCUAGAGGGAAACUAUCUCGCCCUGGAUCAAGAUGUUUGGCGGGACGCGGCCAAGUUGCUGGAUGAGGUGUGGUUUGUCGAGGUAGACUUUGAAGUUGCGAGGAAACGGUUGAGGGAAAGACAUGUCAGGGCGGGCAUCGUCAAGGAUCUUGAGGAAGGUGACCGGAGAGCCAUGGAGAGCGAUCUUGUCAAUGGUAAAGAGAUCGUCGAUUUCAGGCUCAAGGUAGAUGAAGUGAUCCAGAGUCGCGAAGAUGGAAGUUGGGUACAUGAGUAA